GGAGGCAGACAAGAAGGUGAAGGUAGAGGAGGUGAAGGGAGAGGAGGAGGUGAAGGCAGAGGAGGAGGUGGAAGAGGAGGAGGCAUUGAAGCUGAAGCUGGUCACACUCACAGGGCCCCACAGAGGAGGCCAGUGUUCACAGGGCAGGGUCAGAAUGCCCAACCUCAGCCAGACCUAUUUAGCCCUAGCCAAACCUAUGACUACAACCCUGCCCAGUGGAGCUGUCCAAUGGAGCCCUCAGGCCCUGGUCUGAGACACUAUUCCCCUGUGAGAGAACAAUGUGGCUGUGUGGGACAGGGUGGAGGUGACGCUGUUGGGACGGCGACCGGGACACACCCCUUCAACAGCAGCAGACAUGCGUCAGCCUUGUCACUCCUGGCGGACCCAGAGCCGGCACACAGACAGACUAGCUACAACUACGAUCCAGAGGGGCGCAGGCAGGCUAGUUAUGGAGUGGAAGAACAGAUCUGGGGUCAGUCAAAACACAGACAGGCCAGCUGCAGUUACAGUACAGAAGACAAACCGAUAUGCAGGCAGGCUAGUUAUGGAGUGGAAGAACAGAUCUGGGGUCAGUCAAAACACAGACAGGCCAGCUGCAGUUACAGUACAGAAGACAAACCGAUACGCAGGCAGGCUAGUUAUGGAGUGGAAGAACAGAUCUGGGGUCAGUCAAAACACAGACAGGCCAGCUGCAGCUACAGUUUGAGGCUAGAAAGACAGACUAGCUACGGUCCACAGGGACUACACAGACAGGCUAGCUACAGCUACAGUCCAGAAUGCAAGCCAAUACAUGGACAGACUAGCUACGGUCCAGAAGAACAGAUCUGGGAUCAGUCGAAACACAGACAGGCUAGUUAUAGUCCAGAAGACAAACCGAUACACGGACAGACUAGCUAUGGUCCAGAAGAACAGAUCUGGGAUCAGUCGAAACACAGACAGGCUAGUUAUAGUCCAGAAGACAAACCGAUACACGUACAGACUAGCUACGGUCCAGAAGACAAGAUCUGGGAUCAGCCGAAACACAGACAGGCUAGCUACAGUUACAGUACAGAAAGGCAGGACUGGAGAUUUACUGCUGGUGGUCAACACGAUCAUUUGGACAGGUGUGUACCACUAGAACAAGGAAAUUUACACUCCCACAUGCCAAAUGGAUGCUGUGGCAUUGGUGGUCCAAGUCCCAGGCCUGUGUCCUCUCAGGGCAGGGGAGAUAGAGCUAACCACCAGGAGAGGACUACUAGAUUAAAGGCUGGAGGAGUUGGAGGUGGGAUAGGAGAAGACGGCUGUAAUGGACGACAUGUCCCUGCUGGCUCUAGCUCUGAGGGUUUGGUCAGGAAGAACCAGGGUUUGCUCCAGGAGAAGGAGGGUUCAGUCAGGGAGAAGAAGGGUUCGGUCCUGGAGAACCAGAAUUCGAUCCGGGAGAAUGAGUGUGCGGUCCAUGAGAACCGCGGUUCAACCCAGGAGAACCAGGGUUUGAUCCAGGAGAAGGAGGAUUCAGUCCAGGCGAAGAAGGGUUCGGUCCGGAUAAACCAGGGUUCGAUCCGGGAGAAGGAGGUUUCAGUCUGUGAGCAGAUCAGACAGGUGGUGUCAGACCUGGAGGGGGUCCUGGGUGGUCUCAAACAAGUCCACGUGGAGAUGAAGGAGGUGGUCCAACAGAUAGAUCGUCUGACAGCUAACAUUGACCUGGAAGAGAAAGAGGGAUCAUGUAACAAGUCCCCUAGUCGUGGUGACGGUCACCUCAACCCCAGAGACUGUAAAGGUGGUGACGGUCACCCCAACCCCAGAGACUGUAAAGGUGGUGACGGUCACCUCAACCCCAGAGACUGUAAAGGUGGUGACGGUCACCCCAACCCCAGAGACUGUAAAGGUGGUGACGGUCACCCCAACCCCAGAGACUGUAAAGGUGGUGACGGUCACCCCAACCCCAGAGACUGUAAAGGUGGUGACGGUCACCUCAACCCCAGAGACUGUAAAGGUGGUGACGGUCACCUCAACCCCAGAGACUGUAAAGGUGGUGACGGUCACCCCAACCCCAGAGACUGUAAAGGAGUCCUGAUGUUCAACCAGGGAGACCAGAGACCACACUACAGAGACAUGGACCGUAUCGUCAACCAGAAGACUACUAGGGUCCAGGUACACACCCACUGGACUGGUACAGGGGACCUGGUCCACAACCAUAAGACUCCUGGGAACCAUGGACCACAGUGCAGCGACAUGGAUCAUACUGUCAUCAUGCAUGACCCUCCUCCCGACCCCAGAGACGUCCCUGGGGUCCUGGUGGACAGACAGAAGACUAGUGGAGAUCAGGGAGUCUCCCUACUGUACAGACAACCUGACCAUACUGUCACCAUACGAACUAACUCCCUGUCUCCUGUCCUCACCGCAUCUGUCAUCAAGACCAACCGGGUUGGGCUCACAGCCCUGAGCCCCAUGGGCCCUCUGAGCACCUCCAAAGACCCCAAACAGGACAGACGGGGACUCAACGGACACCCUCCUCUACCCGGUCCAGGUAGAGAACUGAACCAUGUGGCCCCCCAGACCCCCCCAGAGCUAGAAAUGACCCCCUCCCUACCCCUGCCCCUAUGGACUCAACUGUCUGAUCCCACAGCCAUGGUCGGAUACAGUGUCCCCACUCUUAGGAUCCAGAAAUCUCCACUGUACCCCCGCCACAACGGACGGGUGGAGAGGCUCAGUAAGAGUCCGGCUCAACCAACCUACCCUGCCCACCCAGCACUGCCGGUCCUGCCCCACCUGGCCCAGCCACCCUACCCUACCCACCCAACCCACCCUGCCCUGCCUCCCAGUGACUUGAAGACACCCCCCUACAACAUGGUAUGAGGGGACAGCCUCACUGCCAUGGGGCCCUGGAACAUAUAAUACAAGGACAGAACUACACCGAUAAGUAGUCUGAGAAGGAAAGCUUGCGGAGCCCUGACGUGGUGAAGAGAUGUCAGUCAGUGGUGGACACGGUCAGUGGUGGACACGGUCAGUGGUGGACACGGUCAGAGCUCGCCCUGAAGAGGGGGCUAUUUCCAAGGGAAAACGCUCCAGACAGACAGGAGGGGAAUUCCACAUGAAAGCCUGCGAUGCACAGGCCUUGAGAGGCACAGUAUGAAGCAAGAACUUCAACAUACAUUAACAUGUAUGUGUGGUGUCUGGGGGGUUGGCAAAAACUCAAGACAGCAAAAACUGACGGUGUCACAUUUCUUACCUUUGUGUAUGAAAUAAAGAUAGCAGUGACCUAAUAAUUGGUAUUAAUAUUGAUUUGAAAUGUUUUAUGUUCUGUUCUGGCACCGAUGCGUGUUUCCAUUCUCCUAGCUGUCUCUAUUCCAUGGUAUUCCGUGUCUAAACAGCCUUUUCUGCACCUGAAAUUACAAGUUAUUCCCUAAAUAGUGCAUUAUGUUUUGAUCAGAGCCCUAUGGGUCCUGAUCAACAGUAGUGGACUAAAUAUGGAAUAGGGUGUCCUUUGGAACCCUGUCUUUAUGAUAUGUAACAAACUACUGCAUGUCGGAAUCGUCUGCAGGUAGGCCUGCUACCCUCUCUGUCUCUCUGUUUAUUAAAAAUCGUGUCUGAGAGUUUCACCACUUCUCUCCCAGAGCCCCUACAGAUAGGAUGAGACACCCCUCUGUCUCUGGCUGCGUUUACACAGGCAGCACAAUUCUGUUACUUUUUCCACUAAUUGUUAUUUUUGACCAAUCACAUCAGAUCUUUUCACAUCAAAUAUAUUUUUCUGAGUUGAUCUGAUUGGUCAAAACACCAAUUUGUGAAGAAAAAAAAAGAUAGGAAUUGGGCUGCCUGUGUAAACGUAGCCCUGUUUCCUCUCUCACCACAGAACAGCUCUGUUUCUCCUCUCUCCUCUGUUGACGUCAAGCCCAGUUUCCUCCCCUCACUCUCGUCUCCUCCACCCUCACUGCAGAACAGCUCUGUUUCUCCUUUCUCCUCUGUUGACGUCAAGCCCAGUUUCCUCCCCUCACUCUCGUCUCCUCCACCCUCACUGCAGAACAGCUCUCUUUCUCCUCCUCAAGCCCGGUUGACUGAUAACCAAUGUACUGAGUCUGUACCACUACAAACUGUUAGAGAGACUUUAUCACGGUGUUACGUAAUUCCGGAUGGAUUCUUGCUUGCUUGAUCGCCAAUAAUUCAGAUACACAUGAAAACAUGAAAUGAGCCAGGGAGUCGGUAGAACAUCACUCAGAGAUGCACAAAAAAACAGUAUAACAUUCAAAAUGGGGUGAACCUUUCCUUUAAGCAAAAUCUGAAUAAAAUGUUUGAAAUCUUCCAAUUACUAAGAAA